AACCCCGAGUUUGCCCCGAGUUCUGCUGGACAGUGAGUGACUGGGACAAGCCAGAUCGAUAGGUGGGACAUUCUUUUGUGCUGCAAGGAUCGAAUUAAAACAGUCCUCGUCGCCGCUCGCCGUGUCUCUCCGAUUGCACAUCUACAGCUGCCGUCGUUGCUUUUUCGAUGCCAUGAGAUCUUCGUCGAUCAGUCUCCUCGAAGAAGUUUGGCAUAUGCGGAGGUCCCUAGGUGUUCGCCAAGGGGCUUGAUUGUCACGCUCGCCGUCACCUAGCAGCUGAUUUCUUCACGAGGUCUGCAGCAUUAGCAUUCUCAGGUGAAGCGGGUGGAGGGACGAAGUGGGUGCAGUCAUGGGGAUCGAGCUCCAUCGCAAGGUGUCUAAGUUGCAGGGCUUGUCGGCGGUGCGAGCUCAGUAUCAGCCUCGAGUUCCGCCCGCGUUGAAGGUGACUUUCGCAGUGCGCUUGGCACGGUUCUGGGGAAUUGGAGAAGUGGAUAUGUGUGGCAGUGUGAAGGUCUCUGUGGGGGAUGCCUCCGCGACAGCUGAACUAUCCGAUCGCCUUGCCGUGAGCGAAGCAUAUCCACACACGUAUGGUCUACCUCUCGUGCAACUGAUGUCCUCUGGGGGACCUAACGCUACAACAGCAAAGCAUUUACCUCUCAGAAUUGGUGUCGCUUUUUGUGGGCGACAAUCGCCCGGAGGUCACAACGUCAUUACAGGAUUGUUUGAUGCCCUGAAGAGCCAAAAUGCAAACAGUAUUCUGAUUGGCUUCAUUGGCGGCACGGAAGGUAUAUUUUCUCAGAGGACCGUGGAACUUACGAACGACAUGCUGAAGGAUUUUCGCAACCAGGGAGGAUAUGACCUUCUAGGCCGAACAAAGGAUCAGAUUAAGUCAUAUCAGCAAAUCAAGGAUGCCAAGGCUGCAUGUGAAGCUUUGAAAUUGGACGUCCUUGUUCUUAUCGGAGGUUGUGGCACAAAUUCAGAUGCUGCCCAACUAGCAGAGUUCUUUUUGGAAUCUGGAUGUACAACAAAGGUGGUUGGAAUUCCAGUGACUAUUGACGGGGAUCUUAAAAAUCAGUUCGUUGAGACAAAUGUUGGAUUUGAUACCACUUGCAAGGUAUAUUCACAGCUUAUCAGCAACAUCUGUACAGAUGCACUAUCUGCUGAAAAGUACUAUUACUUCAUCAGACUCAUGGGACGGCAAGCGUCACAUGUUUCAUUGGAGUGCACUCUUCAAUCGCAAUCGAAUAUGGUCUUACUGGGAGAGGAAGUGGCAAACUCGAAGAUGACUCUGUUUGAUGUAACGAUGCAAAUUUGUGAUGCUAUACAGGCUCGAGGAGAGCAAGGCAAAAACUAUGGAGUUGUGCUUCUUCCAGAAGGUCUCAUAGAAAGAAUUCCAGAAUUCCGUGCAUUGUUACAGGAAAUUAAUACUCUUCGUAAACAAGACGAGGACAUCGGUGUUGACAAUAUAUCUUCGCGUCUGACGCUAUGGGCAGCCGCUCUAUAUGAUUUUCUCCCUAUCUUCAUAAAGAAGCAGCUGCUAUUAGACCGUGAAUCAGAUGGUUCUGUUCAGUUGUCACAGAUCGAGACAGAAAAACUGUUGGCACAGUUGGUGGACACCGAAAUGAUCAGACGGACGAAGACAGGAUUGUACGAGGGAAAGAAAUUCAAUGCCAUCUGCCACUUCUUUGGUUAUCAAGCUCGUGGAUCUCUGCCCUCCAAUUUUGACUGUAAUUACGCCUAUACUUUGGGACAGACUGCAUAUUACGUAGCACAAGCAGGUUUGACCGGAUACAUGGCUACCGUUGCAAAUCUGAAGCAGGAUGUUUCUGAGUGGCGUUGUGGAGGAGCACCCCUCACGGCAAUGAUGUCAGUAAAACGGUGGCUGCGAGGUCCUGGUGUUUCUCAAACUGGAAAGCCUGCUGUGCAUACCACCGAAGUGGACUUGAAGGGCAAACCUUAUGGGUUAUUGACGCAGCAUGCAAGCUCAUGGUUGAUGGACGAUCUUUACAGAAAUCCUGGUCCCAUCCAAUAUGCUGGUCCUGGCGCAGAUCUAACAACAAUCACUCUUUCAAUAGAAGAUAACGACUACAUCGGCGAAAUUCAAGAGUUUUAUGCAUAUCUUGACAAGGUGAAGGAGAUUGUGAAGCCUGGAUGUGCAGGUGAGGUGCUGAAGGCUGCACUCUCUUCCAUGGCCUCCGUCACUGACAUUUUGACUGCAAUGUCUGCCCCCUCAUAUCGCAGUCUGACCCCUUUCUAAGCUCAUCUUCUGAGAUCGUCGCCUCCGAUCUGAACCGGGAGAAUUACUGGACUUAUUAUGCAAUGAAUUGGGGGUGUUGCAUUCACCAUACCAGAACCCCUAAGCUCAAACUCGGACCCCAUAUAAUUCAAAUCCUCAUAAAAUUAGACGCCGUUUAUCAUUUGAAAACCUUGCCUGAAAGUCACUUUGUCAAAUAACAAAAAACUUAGUUACUCAAUAAAUCCCUCGGCAGAAGGACAUGUGACGAAGGUAGACCGCAGGUACACUAAUUGCAUGGUCAUGUUUCAUUUAGAUAAUCUAAGAUUUUGUGGGUGUUGACUCAAGUUCCAUGUUGUACACCUUUUAAGAUGAAGAAAGUGUUUACUGAGUUUCAAACUGUCCAACAUGAAACGAUACUUAAUCUCAAAAGGAAUUCAUGUGAA